UAGCUUGUUAUGGAUGGAGGUGUGUGCGAUGUGCUCGCUUACUGAGGAUGAAAUGCAGCGUUCUUCAUCAGCUUUUAUGCGCGCUGUCUUUACCCUUUGUCCCGAUAUCCAAGCUGUUCUUCUUCCAAGCCCUGCACAAUAUCCAGUUUUUCCCCAGCUAUUCAAGACGAUGUCACGGACUUCUGAUUAUGGGCUUCUCAUGUGUGCAUGCUUGCGAAGCAUUAAUAACUCAUGAAGCCGGCUUACUGGAUGAUUUGUUUGUAAAUGUCCAGCACAGUUCUUCCGACCAUGAAAAUCAGAAGGGCUGUGGUUGAGGACAAUGAUGAGCUGCUUCCGGUCAUUGAGCGGGCUCAGAAGAGGGGCUCGCCGUUGGCUCAAGUGCCUGAAAUCGCAAUUCCGUCUCAGCCUUACGCAGUUGCUAGACUCAUUGCUGCUCAAGACAAAGACAAUACCGUUUUCGUGGCGGAGGUGGACGAUAAGAUCGUUGGACUGAUGGCCAUCACUGCUCUAAUCAGCAAUGACUAUUGCUUCAAUUUCAAUACUGAUGACUAUGACACGCUGACAAAGAAGGUGACGAGAAAAUUCGAAUUCACUGUCCAAGAGCCUGUGGCUGCUCAAGAUUCUUCGGCUGAAGCUACACCAGGGAGUACACCGUUAAGCACACCAGCAAGCACACCAACUCCGGAAGUGCCACAAAACCAAGCGGAGGCUCCUGCUGCUCCUUCUCCGGCCUCUUCGAAUUCUCCUGCUCCGUCUCCUUCUCCUGCUCCUUCUCCAGCUCCUGCUCCUCCAUCUCCUUCUCCAGUUUCUUCUCCAGUUCCGCAACAGGUCACUCAGCAGGUUACUGGUAUUGCUGCUGCUGCUGCGACAAACCAGCCCGGGGGCACUCCUGAAAUGAAGGCUGAGGAAGCACCAAAAGUUCGAGUCGUGGAAGUCGACGUUCCUGUGGAGAUUACGAACGCGUUCCAAAUCAGCAUGCUUUGCAUCGAGGAAGAGUUUGAAAAUCAGGGCAUUGACUUCGUUAUGUCGGCUUUCGAGCUAGAGACUAGAGAUUACUGUUUGGUGGGCUUUCCAUACACCAGUCGGAUACAUCCGUUGCUCCGACUGUUUGCGAGAGUACCCUGCAGAUCUUCAAGGAAAAUUGAAAACGUCAAGCUGCCGGAAACUCGUGUGAUGACGGAUCAUCCCCCAGACCUGUCAAUCGCUCAUUUAUGCCUAUAUCUUCUUCACCGUGAUUCUUUGGCUCCUGGAUUUGAAGUCCGACAUACUAUGUCCCGCGAUGCUGAUGCUCUUGCGGAGUUCUUGGCAGAUUUUAAGGACUGCAAGAGCAUUGUCGACUUGGUCGAGCAUCCACGAAAAGGAUGCCAUACCAUAGUCGCUGUGCUGUCUGCUCAAAUUGUUGGCUUGGCAAUGAUUGAGGAGACCGUUCCUGUGGAAGCUCUGACAACGCAGUUUUGCGUCAAGUCCUUCAUCAAUCUGGAACAUCACCCUCCAGCAAACCAAGCGUGCGUUACUCUUUUGGCACUGAGUCCAAUUUUUCGUCAUCGCAGAAAACUAUUCCUGAGAGAGAUCAUGCGCCAGACAGAGAAAACGCUGCUCUACUGCCCCAUUUUUCCAGACCAGGAUCUUCCCGACGUUAUUGAAGACAUGCUGCUAAUUCCCGCAAGACAACACGUUUAUAUGAGCCCCUCUCAGAAGUGGGGCAGACAUCCCGAGACUAUUGGACCGUCCAAAAGAGCCUUACGGCGAGGGUCAGUUGCAAACUUCUCACCAAGGGGACUAUUUUCCGGAUUCGACUGUGCGCUUUACUUCACCACUCACAGGCUUACAAGCAGGCACAGGAUUCCUGUCAACUCGAAAAUUUUAGUUGCCGGUGCGUCGCGCACCGCGGAGGCUUUUCUUCACAAGCUCAUUGCGAAUCCUCUGAUGCAGUUUACAAACGUCACGUUGGUAUCUCCGUGCGGUUUUAUGGGAUUCUCGUCGUCAGCAGCUUCCAUUCUCGACGUAGAAUCAGGCCCGGCACGGUGCUUCAGUAAGCUCGGGAUUGAUUGCCAGGUCGGACUAAAGUCGUCUCUCGUGACUGACUUCGACAGGGAAGCGCAGACGAUAACACUCAAGAACGGGGAAGUUCUAUCGUAUGAUCUCUUCAUUAUGACAACCGGGAUGCAAGACCAGACGGGGUGCAAGCUUGGGAUCAGUGCAGUGAAGGAAGUUAUCCGGGCGGAUGAGUUCCUUGCGAGGCUGGACGUCAUUACAGGGUCACUUGAGAAGCUUAAAGUCCCCCGCGAAGUCCUUGUCGACGGUGAAGGUCACGCAGUGGUUUACGGCUCCACUUUAGAAGCUUUCUACGUUAUCCAGCUCUUGCUUUCCAGAGGACUGAGGGGAUCGAACAUCGUACUGUGCCACGCUGAGAAGAAGUUGACGAACAAGUACGUCCACGGGGAUGCAAACAUUUUGAGUUGUUUGCUGGAGGAGCUGGCUUGGUGUCAAGUAGCUGUCAAGUCGGGUUUGAAGCUUGUUGGAGUCACUACGAACGGGUCCGGAAGUUUGAAGGCAGCGAAGUUUGAAGCUCAGGGUGAAGAAGAGGACGAGAAAAUCCACCACGAGCUCCCGUGUUGUCUCUUGGUGACCUGCGAGCGGAAGCAAGUCGACGUCCCUCUUUUCAACGUGAUGAGAAGGGAGAACAUCAUAUUUGAUGGACGUGUGAUUGUGGACGGAAAGUUUCAAACGAAUGACCCACUCAUUUAUGCUGCUGGGACUGCUUGCAAGUUUAGCCGAAACUGUGGAAAGCUGCCGAAGCUUGAGACUUUCUGUUCCCAAGAGGUUGGCGAAGCUUUGGCAGCAUCACUGAUCUCCCGGUUCAACGGUCAUCUCCCAGAUGUAGGCAAGCUAUGGCUGAGCUAUCUACCGUGGUUUCCUGAGAAAACGAAGGAUUGCGGUGGCGGGAAGAAGUGGCCUGCGCCAGUUACGCCACUCUUGGGCCGACCGAAAUGCACUGGUGGUAUUCUCCCUGGCGGCGUUCAGCUUUUCAGCAUUGUGCUUCCCAGUUGUCACUCCACGAACUGGGACGACUUGCGGAUCUACUCCAUGCUAACCAAGUUCAGCAACUUCUACGCGAGAGUGGACAUCGCAGAGAACAAGCAGCUCGCCAGGAUCCUCUACGCCGGGAAGGUGAAGGCAGACGCUUGGAAAUUCAGCCAAGUCGUCGGGCUUCCAGUGUCUCUUCUCAACAGUCUUCCGAGAAGAUAUAGCGACGGAAGCUUGAAUGACAUCAUGAACUUCCUCUUGCAACCGUGGUCAUCAGUGCUCUUCCACGACGAUUUCCUCCCCUUCUACACAAACUUGACGCAGAACGUUGUUGACACAAGCAAGAGCCACCCGAAAGGAGGGCCUGACGUCUCCUCGUUUGAGAGCUGCGACAAGAUCGACCCGGAGCUGGCGGAAGCAAUCUCCAGGCUGGUGAGAAAGGAACUCCUCAAGUUCAUCGAGAAGCAUCGGCUGGAGCUGCCGAUGUACACUCUCCCGCGGAAGAAGGUGGACCUGCGGCUGCUGCUUCCCCGAGUUAUUUCCUCGGACGACGUAGAGGUGGUGGAGAAGAAGAAGCAGACGGCCGCGGCGGUGGCAGCAGCUGCAUCGGCAGCACUCGUCACUGCCUCAGACCUCAUCAACACCGCAUUCGAGCAGCUGAUCCAGAAGGCCGAGACCGAGGAGCGGGACAAGAAGACGAUCAAAGAGAUUGUUGGUCAGCUGGUGCAAGGGAUGGAGGAGCUCAAACCGGUGCUGCUCACGCUCAGGGGAGAGGGAUACAUUGGGCCGACUGUGGAUCAUCUUAUCAAGGAGAUCGAUAAGAAGGUACUGUCCAUUUCCGUGUGGGACGAGAGCUUGGAUCUGGAAGGCAGGGAAGACGAAGAACAGAUCAAACGAGCCAUUCAAGGGAUGAUUGGGCUGUUAGAGCAGUCAUCUCCCGUCAUGCUGGCUCUAGAUCGAGUAGACUGACAUGCAUUGUGUUUAUAUAAUUACAAGAUAUUUUGUCACUA